UCCUACUCAAUCUUGUUUUUUUAAAUUUUUUAUGUUAUCCUGAUAUCUUGCCACAAUUAGUUUUUGUUGAUCCUAAGCCUAUUCUUGAGGUUCUAUCACGUCUGCUAGCUCUCACUUACGUUGAGAGGAAAGCACUUCACCUAAUUGCCAAACCUGUACCUUCAGAGAAAGAUAUCAGCAAACUUCAUAACGUUGGUUUUUUUUAAAAAGAAGCUUUUGAAGGAUCAUUUCAAAUCUCUUUUUUCUCCACCUCAUUUUGAGCCGACUCAUUUACUUAAGCUCCUUAUUCAUCUUUGUAUCAUUGCCAGUGGAGAAGAUGGAGAUUAUUUCCUUCCUUGUGCUUUGGAGUCAUACACUGAACCACCUGAACUUCAAAUGGAAACCAAGCCUCUUCUUAUAGUCUGGCAGGAUAAAAAUACUGUUCCAGUUCCACAAGGAAUGUUUCCUUUACUCAUUAUUAACCUCCUCAGUCACAAAAAUGACUAUUGUACAGUAGACUUUCCUCAAUCAACCUUUUCUCCAUUGGAUCCACAGUACUACAGGUAUCGCGAUGCAUUGUCUUUGUGGAUCAAAAUUAAAAUAAGAGUUUGGAAGCGUUACACACUUCACAUAAUCAAUCACUACACUCAUAUUGAGGUUUAUUUUGUUGGAUCAGUUCAGAAAGCAAAGCAAAUAUGUCCUUAUAUUCGUAAACUAGUCAUGAAGGCUGUCAGUGACAGUGCUAAAGCUAUCAAUAUUGAAUACAAUCAUGUCACUGCAUUCUCUUGUCCUAAAAGAAGUACUUGUUACUGUGUUGUAGAUGUGGAAGAGGAAGAUUUUGAAACCAACUGUACAUCCUGUGCUGAUUCUGCUGAUAUAAGUGGUGAUAGCUACUGGUGCUGGUUUGGUAUAGUAGACUGUGACUCUAAAAUAAUAAUGUCAGAUUCAGGACACUCACAAGUACUCAAUGUAUGUGAUUUAGAUGAUAUCCUUACAGACUUGAAGGAUGGCCAUUAUUAUAGUAGUGAUUGGAAGGAUCUAGGACUCAAACUGGGACUAUAUGAUACCACACUGAGUGCUAUAGAGUCAAAUUACUUUGAUGUUGAAGACCGCCUUAGAAAGUGUAUAGUUAAAUGGUUGCAGAGAGCUAAUGGUGUAGAUGAUAAAGGAGGACCAACCUGGACCACACUAGUUAGAGCUCUUGAACAAUGUGACAGCAAACCAACAGCUGAACACAUCAGGUAUAACAGAUUUAAAAGAAAUGCUAAUCAAUCACAGACUGAUGAUGAACUGUGUCCACCAACAAGUAAAAAGAAUAAACAUAAACCAUAAACUAAUAUCUUGCUAAAAGAUAUGAUGCAUGCACCCUUUUUAUCAUUUUUGAUUUCUGAUUCAUGAUAAUUAAAGUCAAACUUUUGCCACCUUUUAUAA